CGUCUAUCUCUGUGCACCUAUAUAAUCAACCAAUCUGGCUUUACCGUAAACAGAAGAAAAAUUAUUACUAUAGUCGGGGAAUUGAUUCUCGCCGGAGAAAUGAAUAUUCCGGUUACUUUUACCUCUGUGACCGUUCAUAGUAUCGCUGUCUCCGACACUCGCCGUCAUGUGUUCCGUGAAACUCGUCGCUGUUAAGAAACUCCGUUUCCGUCUCUUAGAUUUAUUUUUGCUUCGUUUCGUCUUCUUCUAGAAAUUUUAGAAUUAAACAGUCUCCCUAAGCUUUGAUUCGAUCUAUACGUUUCCGAUGAAGAUCCAACCGACUGAAACAGAUUUUCCGGCGAGUAGAGACUCAGCUAAACCAGUGCUCAAGUCUCGCCUCAAGCGUCUCUUAGAUCGACCGUUUACAAAUGUUCUGAGAAGCUCAAACCCAGAUAAACCACUCAUCGAAGCUCAACACGGCCGAGAGGUCGUCUCAGAGUUCGAGCCGAGCUCCGUCGUUUUAGCGAAGAUGGUUCAGAACUACAUGGAGGAUAGCAACGAGAGGCAAGCUAAAAACGGACGCAAUCGCUGCAAUUGUUUCAACGGGAACAACGACGAUAGCUCCGACGAUGAAUUCGAUUUGUUCGGUUGCUCCGUCGAGUCUUUCAACGACGCUUAUGACCAUUUCAAGAGUUUGAUACCAUGCGCGAGCCUCAUGGAGAGGAAUCUAUCAGCUGAUGCGGCGAAGAUUCUGGAGAAGAACAAAUCAGUCAAACGAAAAGAUGAUCUGAGGAAGCUUGUCGUUGAUGGACUCUCAGCUCUUGGUUAUGAUUCCUCAAUCUGUAAAUCGAAAUGGGAUAAAACUCGCUCUAUACCGGCCGGCGAGUACGAGUACAUCGACGUGAUUGUAAACGGUGAAAGGGUGUUGAUAGAUGUGGAUUUUCGAUCGGAGUUCGAGAUCGCGCGGCAGACGAAUGCUUAUAAGGCGUUGCUUCAGUCUCUACCGUUCGUUUUCGUCGGGAAGUCUGACCGGAUCAGUCAGAUCGUUUCGAUGGUUUCGGAGGCGGCGAGGCAGAGCUUGAAGAAGAAAGGUAUGCAUUUUCCACCGUGGAGGAAAGCUGAUUACAUGCGAGCUAAGUGGCUGUCUUCGUACACGCGGAACUCCGGCGAUAACGUCCCGGAGCCGAUGGUUUCGUCCGCCGUCGUGGCUGAAACGGGGAUAGAUUGUUCGGAGAUUGAGCUGAGUUUCGAGGAGAAAUUUUUGGCGUCGGUGAAUUCUUCUUCCUCUCCUCUUAAGUCGGUUGCCGGAAAUGAUGACGUGGCAGAGGCGGUGGAGAGAGAAGCCAAGGUCGUCACGGGAUUAGCUUCACUGUUCAAGGAGAAUCCCUAGAAAAGAUUUUGAAUUUUUCUAAUUUUCCUAAUUUCCUAGUUAAGAACCACGAGAAAAGUUGCCAAAUAAAGAAAAAGAAAAAAAGAAGAGAAAAUCAUAUAAAAAUAUAACAUAGAAUAUCUUUUUUGUUUCU